ACUGGUUUGCACAAAAACCAUUGAAUCAGAGAGGGUAGUUAAGCAGAAGUGCUUUGUUGAGAUGGCAGUUUACUCGGGUCUCGAUGAAGCCUCGGCGCUGGCCUCUCUUCCCGGCGACGUUGACGGUUACAUUUCCAUUUGCGGUUACGGUUCCCUCCUCUCCGAGAAAAGUGCCAGAUCAACCUUUCCAAACCUAACCAACUUCCGAACCGCCAGAUUAACUGGUUUCCGACGUCUCUUCUCGGUUGUCGGAGCUUUCUUCUUCACUCAUGGCAUCGCAAACCCUAAGACUCAGAUUCCAGCAUUUAUUAAAAGGGAGAGGGAAUACAGACUUUUAGCUGUUUUUCCUGAAUCACUAGAUGGAAAGCCCUUUCCCAAUCCUGCAGUCAUUUGUGCAUCUUACACUGAUGAAGAAUUCUGUAAAAAUAAAUGCUCCGAAGGAAAGGAAACAUACUUUCAACCAUACGGAGAAUAUAAUGUUCAUAAGAUUUGGCGGGAUGACGUUUUACCAUGCCGUGUUUAUCUUCGACACUGCGUCCUAGCCGCAAAAAGCCUCGGCGAUGAGGCUUACAGUAACUUCUUGGACCAUACCUUCAUUGCUGAUCGCAAAACAACCAUACGCCAGUACUUUGAGACAGUAGGCACAGGCAUCAUGGAAGAAGAGCCUCCUGAAUCAUUAAAAGCACGUUACGGUGGUUGAUCAGAUCCAAUAGUCGAUACACUCGGCAAGGCUCUGGCUUAUGGGGUUUCCAUUUCUGAAUUUGUUGUCCUUGUGUACUUUUGAUAUGUGAAAUAUAGAUAAUUGCUUUCUUUUCA